UUAGACCUUUGUUGUGCUUAAUCCAUACUGAUAAAAGGAAGCUUGCUGGAGGAGACUUCUGUCCCAAAAAUGUCUUCUCCAAAAGGAUCUGGAAACUUCAAGAAUGUCAGAAAAAAUGCCAGAGAAUUAAGAUUGCAGUUCAUGAAUUCUCAGGCUGCCCUAAUUGCCCAGAAAAAGAAAGAAAUAGAGGAAAAAUUGGCUCAACAGCAACAGCCCCAGAAGGAGGUAAAUCUAGAACCCAAAGUAGAGACCCAGGACGUCAGCCCAACGGGAACAGAAGAAACCGUGCAGUUACCAACAAAAGCACCAGUAUUACCAUUUGAGAAUGAUGGGAGUUUUCUUGAGAAGUUCAGGCAAAUGCAGCAGCAAAAUGCUAAAUUUAACAUUUCAGCUAAUGCUACUGCAGAAUCUCAGACUCCUCAAACAGAUUAUACUUGCCCUCCUCCAGUUGAUGUGUCAGUCCCACCACCUCAUACAUUACCAAAUUCGUACUAUGUUCAGCAUCCACCACCACAAACCUACCAAAGUGCACCACCUCCAAUGAAAAUCAAAGAAGAGGUGAAAAGAGAAAACCGCUCACCAUCCCCAUAUUCACCUUCAAGACCAUGUGAGGAUGAAGAUGAUCUUACAUACUUCAACAAGGUUUCUCAAUUAGACUACCAUCAUCAAGGGCCGUCGAACUCGUCCGAGGACUCGGGGAAUUUCUCUCAAAGAGGAUUAGAUUACAAACGCAAAUUCAAGGAAGAAGCUGAAGAAUCAGAAAACAGUAAAUUCAAGGAGAAGGAACGAAAAAGGCAGAGCCGUUGGGGACCGCAAGAAGUGAAAGUAGAACCAGCUCUUGCCAUGAAUUCUGGACCGAUUUCAAGUGCGCACCUGGGAUUUGCUGGUCCUUCUAUGGCCAAUCAGACCGUUUUAGGUCGCAGCUCAUUUUUAUCUCGCAUCACUUCUGCCGACCCUCAGAUCCUCACCUACGCUGUCAGAGUUUUCGGAACAACUGAUCUAACGGAAGAUCAAUGGAAGCAAUGCAUGGAUCAAGUGAAGAUGCAAUAUGUCUACCAAGAAAUGCUGAAGAAAAAGCAAGAAAGAGAUAGACUUGCACAGGUAGGAAAAGUGCGAUAUGAGUAUGACAGUGACGAGGAAACCGAAGGAGGAACUUGGGAACAUAAAAGGCGCAAGGCUGAAAUGGAGAAGACAAAAGAUCGGGCUGAUCAAUUGACCGAAGGUGGUCGAGGAAAGCAUCAUCUUGGAGACUUCUUGCCACCUGAAGAGCUUGCCAAAUUUAUGGAUAAAUUUCAAGCGGUGCAAGAAGGACGCACAAUCGACGAGUCAGAUUACAAAGAGUUUAAGAUUGCUGAAAACAACGUCGGGUACCAAAUGCUAAAAAAGUUUGGUUGGACGGAAGGAGAAGGUCUCGGUAUUGGUGGUUCCGGUAUUACGGCCCCGGUUAACGCUACUCGGCGUAAUGAGGCUCAAGGUUUAGGAGCGAUUAAACCAGAAGAUUUGACGAGCAAUGAUAAUGAAUACGAUGCGUACCGCAAAAGGAUGAUGUUAGCAUACCGCUUUCGACCCAACCCUCUCAACAACCCACGUCGGGCAUAUUACUAAUCACUUCUCAGAUAUCAAUGUUGUCUGUGGUGCUUGUUUAGUUAAAAUGUAUUCUGUCCCCAGCAUAGUGUUUGCACCGUUUAUUCUCAUUAACAACCCACGUUAUUACAUCACCUUCAUUUUAUCUUCAA